CUAGCCCCAGCCCCAGCCCCAGGCCCCAGAUAGUUUCGAGUGAAUUAGUGAACAGUCGGCUGGGGAGGUUGGGCAAUGGAUAUUUUCCGUGCCGUUGAGUCUGCCAGCGUGAAGAUCUUUGAUCUGAUCAAAACCGAGUAUGAGCUGAGAAACAAGAUGGAGAAUAAGAUCAAGUCCAUUAGUUUGGUUAUGAAUAUGAUGAAUGUCUUUAUCAGCAGUUCAUCAAGGAGCAAAGCCGAGGCCUUUGGUGAGAAAUGGGUCAUGCAGCUCCAAGAAUUGCUGUACGACAUGGAGGAUGCCCUAGAUCUGAUGGGUCCCAAGACUAAAGUCUCGUUUCCCAAACGUGCUCUGCGCACGGUGGGCUUGAUGGAUCCCCGACCUCAGCACAUCCUCCUGAUCCAGGAGUUAGAUGAAAGGCUGAAAAUACUGCUGGAGCUAUGGGAUCAGUUCAGAGAUCAAAGCGGAGAGGAUACACCGGCGACGACGAAGCCGGACGAAACUGCCGGUCCCAGAGUUCCCUUGGGCUGCAGGCUUGCCCCAGUGGGCAUCCAGCACCACAAGGAUGAUCUUAUUGACCUGCUUCAGCAUGUCGAUGGCCAACCGAAGCAGCUGAGGGUGAUCUCCAUCGUGGGGUUCCGCGGCGUCGGGAAGACCACCCUCGCUAAUGAAGUGUACUGCCACGACGACGGUUCCGAUGGCGAGCCGUUCGACUGCAAGGCCUUCGUGCGGGUGGCGUGGUCGGCGCCACUAGCAGCGGAGAGCAAAGACGAUGCAGCCAGACUCCUCAAGGAAACUGUCUAUCAACUUCAUUGUGCGUCGGCCGAUAUCAACGACAACACCGAUAUCAUGACAUUGCGCGAAACUAUCUGCAAAUUCCUCGAGGACAAGAGGUAUCUGAUUGUGAUUGAUGAUGUGCGGAAAGACGAAGUCUGGGCGGAGAUCGAAGGCGCCUUCCCCAAGGAGAGCAGCAGCCGAAUAAUCGUGACGACGAGCGUGCAAUCCGUGGCCAAGAAGUGCAGCUUGGGCGGUUUCAUGUACAGGCUGGAAGGACUCAACGAGGUCGACUCCGAUAAACUGCUCUGGCAGCUGGUCGGCUGCGAUCGAAACGAGCUUCCUCAGGACGUGCAGUCCCACUCGGUUGACAUCGUGCGAAAGUGCGACGGUUUGCCGCUUGCGCUCACUGGCGUGGCGGAGUACGUGCGGCUCAAGCUGGAGGAUCUGAGACGGGGGGAGCUGAGAUGCAGCGCCAUCGUUCGUGACCUGGGAAACAACCUCGCAGGCCGGCUGCAUAACGCGGCCUUCAAGGCGGCGCACGCGACGCUGAAGGAGUGCUACGAAGGUCUGUACAGCCACGACCUCAAGACGUGCCUGCUGUCGGUGAGCAUGUUCCCCAAGAACUACAGCAUCAGGAGGAAGAGCUUGGUGCGGCGGUGGAUGGCGGAACAGCUGGUCCCCGUCCCCUUCGACGGCCAGGAACACGCGAGCACGGUUGCCGAUAAGAAUUUCGAGAAGCUGGUGGACCGGAUCAUGAUUCAGCGUGCGGACGACGAGGAGGACCCAGCGCCAGCAGUGGUGCCGGGGGCAGUCAAGAACAAGUGCCGGGUCCAAGGUGUCCUGCUCGAUUUCCUUCACAACAAGUCGGUCUCCAGCAAGUUCGCCAGGCUAAUCCAGAACGGGGAACACCUGCAGACCACCAGCGGCGACAAUAACCUCGGCCCCCGCCGGCUAGCCAUCGUCUAUGAUCCUAAGGCUAACAGGGCCGGCGGGGGCAACAGCAACAAGGCUAAGCUGGCGGAGAUGGUGGAAGGCUUAGACCUGUCCCACGUCAGGUCGCUUACUGCCGCGGGGACCGAGCUGUCGGACUUCAAGUUGAAACGCUGCAAGGUGCUGCGCGUCCUGGACCUGGACGGGUGCACCGGCAUCACCGGCGGCGUGCUCCGCAGAAUCUGCAAGCUCAAGGUCCUCAGGUACCUCAGCCUCAGGGGCACCACCAUCGAUGCCUGCGGUCUCCCCGCGGAGAUAGCGGAGAUGCGCUUCCUUGAGACGCUGGACGUCCGGGACAUCGUGAUCGUGGUGCGGGGCUCCAAGUCAAAGGCGGAGGAGGACCACGUGGCCACCAUCACCCUGCCUUGCAACGUCCUCUGUCUGCCUUACCUCAAGUACCUUUUUGGCGCCUUCGAGCUGCCACGCGACAUCGCAGGCCCAGCUCGCGGUGGCCUAGCCUUGUGGCCGAAAGCUGCUAGAGCGAGUGGUGGCGCUGCUGCCCAGGCCUGCAAGCUACACACUCUCGCCGGCAUCUUCAUUGGUGGGGGCGAUAGAGAGGGGCACCAGCGCCUGCAGAACUUGUUCGGUCUCAUGCACCAAGACCGGUUGAAGAAGAUUAAGAUAUGGUGGAACAAGAAGGGCGUCAAGGGAUCCAAACCCAAGCCAACCACCGCUCACACUGACCUUCUGGUCAAGUUUCUCGAGAACCGAUGCUUCACCCUCGAAUCUCUGUCCCUUGAUUUCGGCGACGAAUCCCUCGACUUCCUGGAUUUCGCCCCCGUGAAUGCCCAUCUUCCGUGCAAGAUCGAGUCCGUCAAGCUACGCGGCAAGCUGAGCAAACUGCCAGCCUUCAUCACCGCAAAUGAACAUACGAUGCUAGACCACGCUCUCUCCAAGCUAUACCUCUCAUACACGGGCUUGAGCUGCGAAGCCCUAUUGCUCCUGCAGUGCCUUCCAAAUCUCAAGUACCUGAAGCUCAUCGAAGACAACAGCAACUUCACGGACGGCACACUCACGCUCAACGACGCACGCGGGUUCCGGAGCCUUCGGGGUCUCCACGUGCAGGCCCCCAAGCUUCCCAAGGUGAUAAUCGUCGUCAGCGGCAAAGACAAAACCGUCGCCAUGAAACACCUCACCACCCUCCAGCUCCUCUGCAAAGACAUCAGCGGAUUCCAGGCUGCUCACAUCGAUUACUUCCAUCGGCUGGAGCAAGUGGUGCUCCUUAAAUCAUCCCUCGACAUCAACGAGAAGACGGCCAUGGAAUGGGAGGAGGCGAGAAAGAAGCACAUGAACAGGCCUAGAAUUGAUACUAUAGAGUGUAGAGGUCAAGAUCAGUGAUCAUCAAGCUUGACGACGACAUCCACCAGCAGCAGCAGCAGAACCAUCUCACCACCACCGGCACUCCCAUCACCGGGCCACCAGCAAGGGUUCGAGAUUUCAUAAUGAUAUCUCGAGAAAUAAAUUAGUCCAAAUUUGGGGCUUGAACCCUGAUAGGAUCUUAAUUAUCUAGGUGAAGAAUAUAAAAUCCAUUUUUAUUUUUCAAAAAGAAAAUAAAAGACUCUAUCGAUUCCUAUGUA